AUGGCUCCCCAAAAGGUUGUCGUAAUUGGCGCUACUGGCUCCCAGGGUGGAGCUGUAGUUGAAGAGCUGCUUCAAUAUCCCGACAGCUACCAUGUCCGAGCCCUUACUCGCGAUCCAGCAAAGCCAGCCGCCCAAGCCCUGGGCAAGCUUGGAGUAGAGCUGUACUGUGCUGAUCUGACCAGUGGAUCUGAUGCUCUUGUAUCCGCAUUCUCUGGUGCUGAUAUUGUUUAUGCCCUGACCGACUUCUGGCAGACGCAGUCGACCGAUGAUGAGAUAGCACAGGGUAAAUCAAUUGCGGAAGCAGCAGCUCGGACGCUGACUCUGAAGCAUUUCAUUUGGAGUGCUCUUCCUGACCCAGUCCAGCUAUCGGGCGGACGCUUCAUAAACGUUCAUCACUGGAAGGGCAAGAGUUUGGUAACGGAGUAUAUCCGGGACUCGAAGCCUGAGCUUUGGGCUAAGACCACCACGAUCCUCUUUCCGAAUUAUUUCGAAAACUGCCUGACCACUCCGGACAGGUAUCUUCCGGUCAAGGAUGCUUCUGGGACCUACACUUUUACGUUCCCGCACAGUCCAGAGACCGUGAUGCCCAAUGUAGCUAUUGCCGACACUGGUAAGCUUGUGCGCACUGUCCUAGAGGCGGGCUCGCAGUAUUUCACCAAGACAGUUGCAUUCUACUCCCAAGGCUUGUCCGAAGCGGACAAACUGGCUACAAUUGGAAAGCGGUAUAACAUUCCCACAUCUUACCGACAAUCUAGCUCCAGCGAGUUCCAGAAGCUCCUUCAGUCUCGCGAUGGCUUGUCUAAGGAGAUUGCGCUCGACUUUGUGGAGCAGCUAAUGAUUUUUGAAAAAUGCGGCAAUGUCUAUGCCAAUGAAGAAUUCGUGCAAGCUUCCGACAUUCCGGGAUUAAAGCUUAAGACCUGGACUGAAUUCCUUGAUGAAAAUGAUUUGGCAUUGAAGGGUCUCAACUAA